CCUCUAAAUAAACUUUCGAGCGUGUAGAGGGAGACCGCAGAGGGCUGAAGUCAUAAGAGAGCGAGUUGGAAUGGGGGAAUGAGUAUUGCACGCAAAACUGAAAAGAUCUGAAACUGCGCAGAUUAUUUUUGCUUUAACUGUCGACCAACGAGAAGUGCGCGACAAUCAAGUUGGUUCUCACCUCAUCGAAACGUGUUACUUUAUUACAGUUAGGUGCUGCUGCAGCCAGUGACGCGCGCGGCUCCCAGUUUUUGUCUACUCGGUUAGAUGAUGGGGAUGACGCGAUGACCUCCUACACGCAGGGCACAAUAAAGUAGCCCUCACACCUGGACGUGCAGCGAACUUCGAGAGAGUAUCAGUGGAAGAUACAGGAAAAGGACAACUGAAACGGUAUCAAUAUGCCAACCUCGAUUAUAUGAUCUACGCUUUCUUUCUUUGAGUAUCUACUUUUUCCCGCGGUGGAUGAUAAUCUAACGGUUUGAUUGUGGGAAUAUGCUCACUACGGAUACCUGAUUUGGUCUCGCUUUGUGGCACACAUGAGGAUUCUAUUAAGGAUGUUACUGUCUAAACGGCCCAGGUGUCAUUGGGCCAUCGUAAAUCAGACAUCACUCUCUGCGCAGAGCAGGGGAUUCUGCUCUUUCCAGGAAUAAAACAACACAUUCCCUCUGAAAAAAAGUGGAAUCCAAGCUGCACUUUUCUGGAGGACAUUGACAUUGGCUAUACAAGUCAUCAUCUCCGGGUUACUAUGCAAUUACAACUGAUCUCCUUUGUUUUGAUCUUGCACUGCAUGGAAUACACUGAUUGUCAGCAGCAACCCUCUAGGCAUCGGCAACAUAAACAGAUCCCAGGGGUGAGCUCAGGGUGCCAGGGAGGCUGUCUGACCUGCUCUGAUUAUAAUGGCUGUCUGUCCUGUAAGCCCCGCCUCUUUAUCUUCCUGGAGAGAAAUGGGAUGAGGCAGAUGGGGGUGUGUCUGCCCUCCUGCCCCAGCGGUUUCUACGGCACCCGCUCGCCAGACAGAAACACAUGCACAAAGUGCAGGCCGGAGUGUGAUUCUUGCUUCAAUAAGAACCUUUGCAUGCGGUGCCGAGCGGGGUACUAUCUCCACCUGGGCAAGUGUCAGGAGAGCUGCCCAGAGAGCCUGGUCUGCAGCGACACACAAAGGGAAUGUGUUCCCAAGUGUCCUGCGGACUGUGAUGCCUGUCUGAUCAAUGACACAUGUACAAGGUGCAGACCAGGCCUGUACCUGCUGCUGGGGAAGUGUCACCACGUCUGUCCAGACGAGUUUGCACCAAACGACAAACUCAUGGAGUGUUCCCUUCAAGUGCACUGCACGGUGGGUGAGUGGGGAGAGUGGAGCCCCUGCUCCCGGUCAGGGAAAACCUGUGGAUUUAAAUGGGGUGAGGAGACGAGGACCAGGGAAGUUGUCCAGAUCCCUUCCACCUACGGAAAACCCUGUCCCCCCAUCUGGGAAAAGAAAGAGUGUGUCCUCAAGAGGAGGCGAUGUCCGGGGGAAGGCAAGGGGAGGAAGGGUGAGCGGCGGGGCGAGCGGAGAAAUCGUGACAACCGCCGGGACAAGGACAUCCAGGGGGAAGGCCGGCGGGAGAGGAAGAAGGACAGAGAGAGGGAGAGGGGGGAGGCAGGUGACCGGGAGGACUCUGAGAACAGGAACAAGACAGAACAAAGACGCCGGAGAGGCCAAAACAGAGACCCUGUUGUCUCACCUGAGGGAGGAGGUCCUACACAGUAACGGAGCCUGGAGGAGCCCUCUCACUCCACCCCCUCUUUGUCCCCCUCGCCCCCUCAAGUCCUUGCUGAAGGGGUGCUGCUGCUACCUGUAUUAUUUAAAUAUAUACUGUAUAUGCACAAGAGAGAUGGGGUCACUCGAUCGGGCCACUACAGACUCUAAGGACUUCUCCCCUACAUACCUACCUACCUAUCUGCCCCCCUCCACCACACACCACUGAGAGGCCGCCUCCCCCUUCCCGUCCUGUCCUCUAGUUUCACCAGACCAGAGAGACCCAAGAAUGCUGUUGAUUGGACGGGAAUGAACAAAACUGCUCUUGUGAUUGGAUGGGACUGUACAGAGGAGAGGAGUGAGACAUUCAAAUGUGACAGUAUGGGGAUGAUGAUGUGUUUGUCAUUGGGAGUCGGGACAAUGUAAAUGCUUGUUGAAUCGGUUAUUUAAAAGGGUCCCGCCCAGUUAAAAACAAACGUUUGCGUCUUGGUUUGAAUGUAGGUUUAAUUUGUGACAUUAUGUAGAAUUGUUGUUGUUGUUUAAAUGUCUUUAUGUUUUUGUUUGUUGUUUUUUGCUGAGUAAAUUAUCAUGGGAUAUCAGUAACAGAGAGACAGUCAGAUGUGGUUACUGCAUCCAGAUGUAUAGUAAACAUAUGAGACAAACCGACUGAAUUGAUUUUGUGACAGAAUGAGGACGGACCCCAGUGUUUUCCUCCCAACUUAUUAUUGGUCAUGUUUGUUCAGAAGUGUCCUGGACAAAGUGCUAGUUUGCCUAUCUGUGUAAGCAGGAUCUGUGCUUUCACACACCACCUCUGCAGAAAUCAAAAGCAUCUGUAUGUCAAAUAAACUAUAAUGGGUUUGUACUUGUCUUUGUUUUUCAUUUGUUAUCUUUGGGCAAUUCUAUGCCUGAAAAUAUUUUUGCUAUCUCAGAUUGUUCUGGCAACUGUCACAUAAAAACUUAAUUCAGGGGAAGGUUGUUUGGCAUGCUUUUUCAAUUUGUAUCACAAACCAUUUGGGGGAAAAUCAUUAUAAAAGUGGACAAUUUCUAAAAUAUAUAUAUAUUUCAGAAACAAAACACUCCAUGUUUUAGAGCACACUAUAUGGAGUAUAAUGACACCACGAUUUUGUCUUUAUCAUGUACAGUUCAUGGAUCAUUUUACAGGGGACAUCUGUAGGUCUUAAAGGGACGAAUUGGCCACUUUCAUCCCACAAAAAUAGUUUGUGCUACAAAUCUAAAAAACAUAUCAAACAUCCUUAUUCCCAUAUGAAGUUUCUAUGUGAAAAUAGCUAGAACAUUCGGAGAGGCCCGUUUAUUAUGUGUCAACUACAUCAAUAAACACUCUCUGGAGACCUGCCUUUCUAAUUUCA